AUGUAUAGAUAUGUGGCGUGGCUCCACUGAAGGGGGCGGGACACUGUUUGUUUUUUUUGUUUUUUUAGGCAGCGAAGCGCUUGUCCAUUGAUAUUUACAAGAAGACCGGAUUAAUGAUAUUUUUCGCAUGGACGCAUUUUAUACCGAGGAAAAGUUUUUCGCCGGGAAGGAUUUCUUAGGCCUGGCUCGGAGAAUUUGCCCACCUUGGCUGCAACAUUUUUGCCGCCCACCCACCUUUCAGCUACCAUUGCACACAGCGAACGUUGAUAUGCCACAUCAGUGAUGGAGCCCAUGACGGUUACUACGUCGGUGGCGGGACCGGACGAGUUCGACCGCAACGUCCCCCGGAUAUGUGGGGUGUGUGGCGACAAGGCCACCGGCUUCCACUUCAACGCCAUGACCUGUGAGGGCUGCAAGGGCUUCUUCAGGCGUAGUAUGAAGCGUAAAGCCUCCUUCACCUGCCCGUUCAACGGAAGCUGCACCAUCACCAAAGACAACCGCCGUCACUGCCAGGCCUGUCGCCUCAAGCGCUGCAUCGACAUCGGCAUGAUGAAAGAGUUCAUCCUCACAGAUGAAGAGGUCCAAAGGAAGAAGGACAUGAUAAUGAAGAGGAAGGAGGAGGAGGCGGCCAAGGAAGCGUCCAGACCUCGGCUCAAUGACGAGCAGGCCCAGAUCAUCACUUCCCUGGUGGAGGCUCACCACAAGACCUACGAUGCCUCCUAUGCAGACUUCUCACGCUUUAGGCCUCCAGUGCGUGAAGGUCCAGUUACACGCAGUGCCAGCAGAGCCGCCUCCCUUCACUCCCUGUCGGACGCCUCCUCAGACUCCUUCAACCACUCGCCUGAGUCUGUGGACACCAAGAUGAACUUCAGCAACCUGCUGAUGAUGUACCAGGACGGCGCCAGCAGUCCGGACUCCAGCGAGGAGGACACCAAGCUGUCCAUGCUGCCCCACCUGGCCGACUUGGUGUCCUACAGCAUCCAGAAGGUCAUAGGGUUCGCCAAGAUGAUCCCGGGCUUCAGAGAACUGACGGCCGAAGACCAGAUUGCUCUGUUGAAGUCCAGCGCCAUCGAGAUCAUCAUGCUGCGUUCUAAUCAGUCCUUCAGCCUGGAGGACAUGUCCUGGAGCUGCGGGGGUCCGGACUUUAAGUACUGCAUCAACGACGUCACAAAGGCCGGUCACACUCUGGAGCUGCUGGAGCCGCUGGUCAAGUUCCAGGUGGGCCUGAAGAAGCUGAGUCUGCACGAGGAGGAACACGUCCUGCUCAUGGCCAUCUGCCUGCUCUCCCCAGACCGCCCCGGCGUGCAGGACCACGCCCGCAUCGAGCAGCUCCAGGACCACAUGUCGGAGACCCUGCAGGCGUACAUCCGAGUCAACCACCCGGGGGGACGCCUCCUCUACGCCAAGAUGAUCCAGAAGCUGGCCGACCUGCGCAGCCUGAACGAGGAGCACUCCAAGCAGUACCGCUCGCUCUCCUUCCAGCCCGAGCACAGCAUGCAGCUCACCCCGCUGGUGCUGGAGGUGUUCGGCAGCGAGGUGUCGUAGCAGAAGGCCUCCGUCGCCGGACGCCCCCCUCCUCCACCACCCCGUCGGAAAAAAAAACCAUCAUGUGCCACCAUCCUCCGCCUCCUCCUGGACCUUCUGGGAUGGAUGAUGGAAGGAUGUGACUUCCCCGCAUCCUUAUUGGUUAGUAUCCGCUUUCACGAAAACUGGCUGGGAGGAAGAGGUCUCUUUUACGAGGCGGGCGAGGAGAGGUGGGAAAAGGAGAGCUUCACUAGGGUUGGAAUUCCAUGCUCUCCGGGACAAAAGGGAAUAUUGCAGGAAUGUAUGUUUAACGACAUGUAUAAGCUGAUCUAUAAGAAGAUAUAUUCUAAAAAUAUAUAUAUAUAUAUAUAGAUAUAUAUAUAUUUAAGAGAGGGUUGAGAGGAAGUGUAGAGAGUAGAGGAUUCGAAGGCUGCUGCGAGUCGUCUUUGAAUGCUGAAGUGUGUGAGGUGUCCUUGUGUGCGCGUGUGUGUGUGUGUGUGUGUGUGUGACGACAAUUGGACCACAAGGGGAGUGUGAGGCCUCGGCGCAGGGAAGAAAAGAACGUAUCUUUUUUUUUUUUGACGUCUUUGUCGUUUUUCCCGGACCUGUGAAGCUCGUAGACUCCACCACGUCGCCUUUUUUUUUUUUUUUUCCCCCCCUCGUCGGAUGGCGACUCUCCGGGCCGUAUUUGUCGGGCUGCUAAAGACCAUGGCGACCAAACCCAAGUUCGCUCGCCGUUACCUCAGGGAAAAAAGAAGAAAGAAAAAAAAUAAAAAUAGUUUGUCCGGGUGACGAUUGACGGGCCACGGCGUGCAAGCUAAUACAAUCAGACGACGCUGGAUUGUUUUUUUUUUCCCAAGCUCACUGUGAUUUGACGGGGAACAGUCGACGUAAGCUAGUAAUCAGAGAAGCGGGUGCAUGAGCCAAAGCUGUCAGUUUUUAAAUGGCUUUUUUAUCUCCAGCAGCAAUGUUGGGAGCUUCAUGCAUGCUGUAAAGAAAAAGAAAAAAAAGUCCAAUCACAAACAAGUUGAUUACAAAUAUAUAAUCUAUAGCAGGGGUCACCAACCUUUUUGCAACCAAGAGUACUGAUUAAUACUUAAAAGACUUGAAAAAAAUGUGCCAGAAAUAGCCAAUUUGCUCAAUUUACCUUUAAUAAAUAUAUAUAUAUAUAUAUAUAUAUACUUAUAAAAAUGGGUAUUUCUGUCCGUCAUUCCAUCGCACAUUUUUUUUCCUUUCACGGAAGGCUUUUGUAGCGAAUAAAUAAUGAAAAAAACACUUAAUUGAACGGUUUAAAAGAGGAGAAAAUAGGAAAAAAAUGGAGCUAAAAUUAUGAAACAUUGUUUAUCUUCAAUUUCGACUCUUUAAAAUUCAAAAUUCAACCGAAAAAAAGAAGAGAAAAAACAGCUAAUUCAUCUCUUUUUGAAAGAAUUAAAAAAAAAAAUGUAUGGAACAUCAUUAGUAAUUUUUCCUGAUUAAGAUUAAUUUUAGAAUUUUGAUGACAUGUUUUAAAUAGGUUAAAAUCCAAUCUGCACUUUGUUAGAAUAUAUAACAAAUUGGACCAAGCUAUAUUUCUAACAAAGACAAAUCAUUAUUUCUUCUAGAUUUUCCAGAACAAAAAUUUUUAAAGAAAUUCAAAAGACUUUGAAAUAAGAUUUAAAUUUGAUUCUACAGAUUUUCUAGAUUUGCCAGGAUAUUUUUUGGGGAAUUUUAAUCAUAAUGAGUUUGAAGACAUAUUUCACAAAUAUUCUUUGUGGAAAAAAAAUAAGCUAAAAUGAAGAAUUAAAUUACAAUUUAUUUAUUAUUCUUUACAAUAAAAAAAUGUAUUUACUUGAACAUUGAUUUAAAUUGUCAGGAAAUAAGGGGAAGGAGAUUAAAAGGUAAAAAGGUGUUUAAAAAUCCUAAAAUUAUUUUUAAGGUUGUAUUUUUUUCUCUAAAAUUGUCUUUCUGGAAGUUAUAAGACGCAAAGUAAAUAAAUAAAUGAAUUUAUUUAAACAAGUGAAGACCAAGUCUUUAAAAUAUUUUCUUGGAUUUUCAAAUUCUAUUUGAGUUUUGUCUCUCCUAGAAAUAAAAAUGUCUUGCUAGUAAAUAAAUAAAAUUUAAAAAAUAGAGGCAGCUCACUGGUAAGUGCUGCUAUUUGAGCUAUUUUUAGAACAUGCCAGCGGGCGACUCAUCUGAUCCUUACGGGCGACCCGGGCACUGCGUUGGUGACCCCUGCUCUAUAGAUUAGUCCCCUCACAUACUUCUUUUUCCUGUAUGCUGCCCUAUGUGGACAAAAUUUGGACACCCCUGCUGAGAAAUCUUUUUUUUUUUUCUCUGCUUUGAAAGACGCCAUCAGUACAUAUCAUUGUCGACGCGGUGCGCAGGCCCGGAGCGCCCCCUUGUGGACGAACUUUGUAAAUACCACUUUGAGCAGUCCGGUUCUUGUACAUAUUUUAGAGUUUUAUUGUAGUAGUAAGAGUUGAAGAUGCUACGUGUGGAUGGAGAGGACGCCUCGGCUUUUAGUGAAGACAAAACCAAACCAAAUCCCGUACAGAAAUGAUGUAAAUCCACGUAUCUUCGGCACACACCCAACAAUAUGAACUCCAAACACAUUUUACAGAGAAUAAUCCCAUUCAGUUUUCUUCAAUCUGCCGUUGAAAUUUAACGAGUGCUUGAACCCCCUUAAGGGCACAAUUUUAACCUUUUUUAAAAAGAAAAACAUUUCAAAAUAUUAUUUGAAAAAGAUACAAUUGCAUGUACGACACACAACUAGUUCUAUGAAGUAAUAUAACACCGCUGCACCAUCAGCAGCUUGUCUAUAUUUUCAUGGAUAAAUGUUCGCUGUUAAAUUGUAUUGACAAUAUUUUAACGCCAUCAUUCUGCUUCAGUGUGGCGCAAACUGGAACUGCUGGCCUCUGUCAGGUUCAAGCACCGAACUAUCUAUUAAAACAGAACAAGAAGCAAGGAAUCCGGCAGAGCCAGAGUUAAAUUUUGCUCAUGAGGAGAACGCAUGGAGCUGCACACUCCUUUACAGUCUCACCCUACGCUCUGAGCCAGAGUUAAAUUUUGCUCAUGAGGAGAACGCACUCAUUUACAGUCUCACCCUACGCUCUGAGGAACAGCCCACGCGCUCCUCUAUUUAUUCAAUUUAGGAGUUCCCUAGUUACAUCGCCGAGGCUGUUUCUUAAGGGAGGGGCGAGCAACUCAGUACGCACAAUACGUGAUUAUUCAGUAUAGAAAAGUGCUGGGGGGCCUUGUGAUUGGCCCUGACUCUGCUUUGUCUGCCUGCUGUUGAUAUGCCUUAUCUUCCUUGAGGUCCUGGUUCGUCCUUGGCUGUAAGACAGAAACAUCUGCAGCGAGGCAACUCCUGACUUGCAGUGAAAGAUAACAAGUUGUGUGCCUUUGCAUGAAAAAAAAAAUUCAACUUUAGCACAAUAGAUAAUAACUAAAGCAACGGCCUUUAAGCAUAAUAGUUGUUUGAUAACUUAUAUAUCAUUAUUCUCACAGUCUCCAAUCGAAUGACACGCGGGUUCAUCUUACUGAUGAUUUCGUCUUGAAUUAAGCGAACAUUAUCCACUUCUUCUUUUCUUCCUUCCCACAGUUGGAAAAUAAAGUGACGGUUUGUUUGACUUCUUCAGGACAACGUACGCCGAUCAUCAAUCAGCUUGUAAAUGAGCCAGGUUGUAGUGUAGCCGCUAAUGUAGUCCCAAGACAUAAACAGACAGGCACAGAAGGACAAAAUCAGUGUUAAAUGCAUAAACACACAACAAUAAAAGUGAAGAAAUCAGACUAUUAUUGUUCGGUUAUGUCGAUAUUUAGUUAUAAGCUAAUGCUAGUGGUGAGAACCGGAGUCUACGCAACACCAACUAACGACCUGGAAACAUUCUUCAGCUGUUCCGCGCAAUGCUUCAUCGUUUGGCAAAUUUCCGGGGGCAUUUUUAACAGCGAAAGCAGAAAGCUGCGAGUACAAACCGCGAGGUACCGCUGACACGUGUUGCCACCACAAGGCGUCCUUUCCGUCCACCGAAGGCGAAUGGAUCUCUCAGAAGUCGAUGGAUAAGCUUUUUAACUUUGGAACCUGUUGCAGAUCUGUCGCUUUUAACGCAGAUGAUCUAGCUUGUGCUUGGCUUGCAUUCAGUCGAAUGGCUUUAGUGACGAAGCGAGGAGAAAGCUUUUGUUUUUCUUUCCUAUGUUCCUUUGGUUCCAACUCAGCAACCAUAUUCCUCACAAUCCUCCUGAAGCAGCGUAUCAGGACUCUUUAAGGGAAGCUUGGAAAGGACAUCAGUGGAGUGACCAUCCACUCGGAACGAACAUUAGCCAUCAUGGGCGUGCCUCUUCAUCAUCAAGCCUGCUACUUACAAGAACUAUUACUACUACUACUACUACUACUACUUCAAUCGCCUCAACCGUAUCAGCUUUAACUUGGCAGCCAUCAAAGUUCUGCUUCUUCUUUGGCGCACCAAGGGACGUGUCGCUUAUAACUGUGAAAGACUUUUCUAAAUCCCUUGUUUCCCGCCAAACCCUUCAGACAACAUGGACCUUUGUACAGAGCCUUUAAAUAUGCAGUGACUGAUGCCAACCCAAAGUGUUCAACGUGACCUUUCUCACUACUCCGGCUCACUUCAGCAGACAUUCUACAAAGAAAUGUUUAUCAUCAUCAUCACCUCUGUGACGGGGGGAAAAAAAACGGAAUUCUAGGGGCGGGCGACUCGAAGGAAUGGAGACCGUUCAUAUUUUUAGGGAUCUGAGCAGAAACCUGAACUGUGAUCGGCCUUUUUGCGACGAGUCUCCCACCCCCUUCAAGCAGGUCAGCCGCUCCACCUCAGUCGCCUUACUUAAAGGGUGCUUUCAAACUAACACACUUUGGUCCCCUUUUAACUGGACUCCGGUUUGUUUUUGGUUCAUCCAUACUAUGUUCAGGCUCACUGUGGUCCCAAACAAACUGUGGCACUAUUCGAUUAACGCGAAGGAUCCGACAUUAAUCUAUUUAGUCAAUGUCGGAAUCAGGUUUGAGCCUAAAUGAUGGAUGGAAACGGGUGAAACCAUAGACUAAGCAAACACGAUGCCAAUAAGGUCAGAUUUUUGAGUCAAAUCAGCUGAAUUUGAAUCGUAACUAAGAUAGCUAACAAUUGGUUGUAUGACUAGCCGAUCCAACAUGCCAGAGUCUGACAGAAUCAGGAUUGACUCUCAAUGACAAAUGAAACCAUAGACUGAAAACAUCUUUAGCUUGGCAAAGUCUAAGCUAAUUACAGUAGGCCUGAUUUUGAGUUUAAAAGCUAGCAACUGGUCACUUGAUGAUCGGAUUACUUUCUUGCGUGUUGCCUGAGAUUACAAACUAACUUUGGCACCAUUUGAUUGAAGUGUUCCAUCCGAUGGCUAUUUGAUCCGUGCCAAUGUCGGAAUCAGGUUUGACCCUAAAUUAUUGGCAGGGAAAACACUGUGCCAAGUCGGCUCGAUUUUGAGUCAGUCGACUGAGUUGAAUUGUAAUAAAGAGCGAUUGGCAGCUGCUUAAUAGUUGUUUGACAACUGGAUACAUUUCGGGUAUGUCACUGACCAACCAGUUUGGUCUGAAAAAAACUCAGGUGCUAUUUGUUUGAGGUGAGAAAUCCAAUAUCAAUCUUAACUAGCUUGCCAAUGUCAGAACCAGGUUUGACUCUAAAUGACAGAUGACUAGACAGAACAGAAGACAGUAGACUGAAGACAUUCUUAGCUUGGCAAACUCUUCACCAAAUUAGGCCCAACUUUGAGUCAGUCGAUUUUCAAUCGUUGCCAAUAGCGAUUAACCGUUAUCGGCUGGUCACAUGAUGAUCAGAGGAUUUUCCUGCAUGUGUCAAAACAACCAGGAUGAUUCCAAACUCAGGCGCCGUUCGAUUGAGGUGAGCUAUCUGAUUUAGAUCCGAGUGCUAAUGUCGGAACCAGGUUUGACUCCAAAAGACAGAUCACAUUAUAGACUGAACGCAUCUUUAGAGCCAACAACUGAUCACAUGACAAUCAGAUGACGUUUUCACAUGACGCAAGCCAGCUUGAUAGUCCCCAAAAAUUCUGAGGCCAUUCGGUUGAGGUGAGCAUUUUGACAUGAACCCAAUCCAACUUGCCAUUGUCAGAAUCAGGUUUGACUUUAAAUGUCAGAUGUAAGCUGAUGAAAGUGUAAAGUGAACAAAUCUUUAGCUCAGCAAAAGUGAAUUUUGAGUCAACUUAAUUGACUUUAAUUUGAGUCGGUGCAGUAAUCAAGCUCGUUACGGUCCCAAACAAACCCUGGUACCAUUUGGUUUAGGUGAUCCGGCAACAAUCAAUCUAAAACGCCAAUGUCAGAACCAGGUUUGACUCUAAAUGACAGAUGACUAGACAGAACAGAAGACAGUAGACUGAAGACAUUCUUAGCUUGGCAAACUCUUCACCAAAUUAGGCCCGACUUUGAGUCAGUUGAUUUUCAAUCGUUGCCAAUAGCGAUUAAAAAUUAUCGGCUGGUCACAUGAUGAUCGGAGGAUUUUCCUGCAUGUGUCAAAACAACCAGGAUGAUUCCAAACUCAGGCGCCGUUCGAUUUAGGUGAGCUAUCUGAUUUAGAUCCGAGUGCUAAUGUCGGAACCAGGUUUGACUCCAAAAUACAGAUCACAUUAUAGACUGAACGCAUCUUUAGAUCACAUGACAAUCAGAUGACGUUUUCACAUGACGCAAGCCAGCUUGAUAGUCCCCAAAAAUUCUGAGGCCAUUCGGUUGAGGUGAGCAAUUUGACAUGAACCCAGUCCAACUUGCCAUUGUCGGAAUCAGGUUUGACUUUAAAUGUCAGAUGUAAGCUGAUGAAAGUGUAAAGUGAACAAAUCUUUAGCUCAGCAAAAGUUAAUUUUGAGUCAACUUAAUUGACUUUAAUUUGAGUCAGCGCAGUAAUCAAGCUCGUUACGGUCCCAAACAAACCCUGGUACCAUUUGGUUUAGGUGAUCCGGCAUCAAUCAAUCUAAAACGCCAAUGUCAGAACCAGGUUUGACUCUAAAUGACAGAUGACUAGACAGAACAGAAGACAGUAGACUGAAGACAUUCUUAGCUUGGCAAACUCUUCACCAAAUUAGGCCCGACUUUGAGUCAGUUGAUUUUCAAUCGUUGCCAAUAGCGAUUAACAGUUAUCGGCUGGUCACAUGAUGAUCAGAGGAUUUUCCUGCAUGUAGCAAAACAACCAGGAUGAUUCCAAACUCAGGCGCCGUUCGAUUGAGGUGAGCUAUCUGAUUUAGAUCCGAGUGCUAAUGUCGGAACCAGGUUUGACUCCAAAAGACAGAUCACAUUAUCGACUGAACGCAUCUUUAGAGCCAACAACUGAUCACAUGACAAUCAGACGACUUUCUCACAUGACGCAAGCCAGCUUGAUCGUCCCAAACAAAGUCUGAGGCCAUUCGGUUGAGGUGAGCAAUUUGACAUUAACUCAAUCCAACUUGCCAUUGUCAGAAUCAGGUUUGACUUUAAAUGUCAGAUGUAAGCUGAUGAAAGUGUAAAGUGAACAAAUCUUUAGCUCACCAAAAGUUAAUUUUGAGUAAACUUCAAUUUGAGUCAGCGCAGUAAUCAAGCUCGUUACGGUCCCAAACAAACCCUGGUACCAUUCGGUUCAGGUGAUCCGGCAUCAAUCAAUCUAAAACGCCAAUGUCAGAACCAGGUUUGACUCUAAAUGACUGAUGACAACGGAGACAACUGGAGAACCAAACGCAUCUUUAGCUGUGCCAAACAGCCGGUCGACUGACUUUGAAUUGAAUCAAUUUCACUCACGUCACAAACCAACCUGUGUGAUCUCAAACAAACUCAACAUUCGGUUGAGGUGAGCAAUCCGACAUCCAUCCAACCUAAAUGAUAAUUCUGGUGACUAAACACAUCUUUCGUUGGUCCGAUCCUAAGUCAUGUCAGUUGACUUUGAAUUGUAACUAGGAGCGAUUUACACACAACGACCGGUCACAACAAACUAGUUUGGUCCCAAACAAAGUCGCCAUUAUGUUGACUUCAGCGAUCCGACACCGUGCCAAUGAAUGUGUGAAUCAGGUUUGACCAUAAAUGACUGAUACAACUGGAGACUGAACUCAUCUUUAGCUGCGUGACUUUGAAUCGGCAUGAAGUCCGAAGACCAAUCGGAUGAACUUCUGGCAUGUUGAACCAGUUAAUUCUCUCAAAUUUUCUAAAGACAGAGUUUUUCCAAACCAACACAACGACUCCUGGUUCAUUGCAGGACGCACGAAACACUUGUUACUACUUCUGAAGUCGUAAAACUUGGUGGGCCAACGUGUCGUUUUUGUUGCUGCUCAAAAAUCUGAGAAAAAGACCACUUUUAGGCGAAGGUGCUCUCCAGAGAAUCAAUGUGUGUUUUUAGCUUCGAGAGACCGAAACAUCCGAACAACCGACCGCACUACACACCCCCAAGACUUUUGUGCUACCAUUACCUGCAUGUCGAGUCGUUGUUUUGCUAUCGAAUUGUACGAACACUUCAAGCCAAAUGAUGCCUUCCAUUUACCGAGGAAGUUAGAAGUCGGAGCUGGGAAUGACCUCACAGCCGAGUUACAAGGUCGGAAAUCAAUAUGACCACAUCUACGGAAGCUAUUUUUGUGCUUACUAGCAAUGUAGACUGUAAAUAUGACACAACACAAAUGUAGUUUUCACUGUGCUGUGUAAUCAUCUAACAAUACAUCGUAUAUUGCUGAUUAACCGGGUGGCAUCCUGAGCAGAUGCCCCAACCACCUCAUCUGGUUCCUCUCCAUGUGGAGGAGUGCCGGCUUUACUUUGAGCUCCUAAUGGAGGACAGAGCUUCUCACCCUAUCUCACCCGUGAUCUUAUCCUUUCGGUCAUGACCCAAAGCUCCUGACCAUAGGUGAGGAUGGAAAUGUAGCUCGACCGGUAAAUUGAGAGCUUUGACUUCCGGCUCAGCUCCUUCUUCACCACAACGGAUCGAUACAGCGUCCGCAUUACUGAAGACGCCGCACCGAUCCGCCACUCUUCCCUCACUCGUGAACAAGACUCCGAUGUACUUGAACUCCAACACUUGGGGCAGGGUUUCCUCUCCAACCUGGAGAACCAUGGACUCGGACUUGAAGGUGCUGAUUUAAUCAUAAGUGCUAGUAAGAGAAAUGACACGCUCAUACCAUUGUUCACUUCCAGAGCAGCCGUCUUUGAAGUCAACUUGGGAAUGGCGAGAAUGCUCCGAAUUUCCGAGUUGGAGCUCUUACCGUUUGAAAUUUGGACUAGAAACUCGGAAAUGACGACCUCCCAGUACAAAGGUAACACGCCAUUACCUUAGUUUUUUAUUUGUAGCUUUGUUUAUCAAACUUUGCAGAGUGUUCGCCUAAAUCAGGGGUCGGGAACCUUUUUGGCUGAGAGAGCCAAGAAAGCCGAAUAUUUUAAAAUGUAUUUCUGUAAGAGCCAUUAAUAAUAAUACUUUUUUUACACUGAACACAACUAAUCACGUGCAUUUUUAAGUAAAACCAACAUUUCUGGGGUAUAAUAAGUCUGUUAUUCUCUGUAAUAACACUGUUAUUCUGAAGCUAACUGUGGAGGGGGCGUGGCCUGCGGGCCUGCAGCGAAGCGGGGUGUGCCAGGACCGGCCUCAAAAUCAGUGACAGGUGCGUAGUCAGCCCACUUUGGGCCUUGUUAUCUAAUCACCUGUCGCUAUGUUAUAAGCAGCAGCCAGGAGGAGAGACGGGGUUGGGGCUGGAGCCAGAGCGCGAGCGAGAACAAAAGAGAAUUAAAGCUGCAAGCAGCGUUGGUCGGGUCCGCCUUUGGCUGCUGCCCCCGCGACUGAAGCCCUGGUCUUAGUCAGACCAACAUAGAGGUCUUUGUUUCAUGUCUCUACGACAUUCCUAACAGAAGUUACAAGCAGUUUUGUCUGGAAAAAGGUGACGGCUUUUUACAAAACUUUUAUUUUGAAGGGGUAAUUGCCAACUUCCUGUUGAUUUUAACUGAAAGAUGCCAGAUAUCAAAAUGUAGGUCCAAGUGAGACCUACAUUGAGGUUUUUGUUUCAUGUCUCUACGACAUUCCUAACAGAAGUUACAAGCAGUUUUGUCUGGAAAGAGGUGACGGCUUUUUACAAAACUUUUAUUUUGAAGGGGUAAUUGCCAACUUCCUGUUGAUUUUAACUGAAAGAUGCCAAUUAUCAAGAUGUAGGUCCAAGUGAGACCUACAUUGAGGUUUUUGUUUCAUGUCUGUCUGACAUUCCUACCAGAAGUUACAAGCAGUUUUAUCGGUUUCCUCUUCCUAGGAGCAGUUUUUUCUGUGUUUUAUUCAAAAAUUGCAAUAGAGCGCAAUUUUGAGUUUUAAGGUUUGGUUUUUUCACUAGAUCGCAAUUUCUGCCAGUCCUGAUGUGUGUGCCAAGUUUGGCGAGUUUUGAAGCAUUUUAAGGGGGUCAAAUUGCAGUUCAAAGAGGCCCAAAUUGAAUUUUUUGCGAACAUUUUGUUUUGAAGGGGUUUUUGCCAACUUCCUGUUGAUUUUUGCUAUAGAAGGUUCAAUUUGGAAAUGUAGGUCUAAGUCAGACCUACACAGAGGUUUUUGUUUCAUGUCUCUAUGACAUUCCUAACGGAAGUUAGAAGCAGUCUGUUUUUUCUCUCUUCCUAGGGGGCGCUAGCGCGCAAUUUUCAUUUUUGGGGUUUGGUUGCUUAAUAAGUUGGUCUGCCGCUCCAUACCGAUGUGUGUGUCAAAUUUGGUGAGCUUUGAAGCAUGUUAAGGGGGUGAAAUUAGGGUGCGAAGGUGCGAGCUGCGUGGGAAAAGACAAAAAGACAAUUGCUGGAAAGCAACUGAGAGACUUAUUGAAAAAUAAAACAAUAUCAUAACCCUGAAACAGGCUCUCAAGUCAGUGCUUGGUGGUCUGAAGAACCCUCAGGAGGGCAAGCCCCACACUAACCGAUAAUAAAUAAAUAACUUUUGACUAUUAACGCAACUUCUUGAACAGGUGCGGUAGAAAACGGAUGGCUGGAUUAAAAAUGCAUGAGAAUAUUUUAUAUUUUCAACACUAUUUUUAACACUAUUAUUCAUGACUUA